AUGACAGAGCUUGCUUCUACCUAUCUUAUCCUGUGGGCUUCACAAACAGGCAAUGCAGAAUGGAUAGCUAAAAACAUUCAUACAGAAGCUACUAAAAAGGGAUAUACAGGUGAUUGCUUUGUCAUGGACGACUAUGAAAAGGCACCACUUCAAAAAGCAGGAAUCAUCAUUUUGAUCUCUUCAAACACUGGUGAUGGCGAUGCUCCCGACAAUUCCUUAAAGUUUUGGAGAUUCCUGCGUCGUAACAAGGACAAAGAGUACCUCAAAGGCACUAAAUUCACUGUGUUGGGUCUUGGAGACAGCAAUUAUUCCAACUUUAAUAACACAGGAAAACGUUUAGAGAAGAAAUUUAAGGAUUUAGGUGCCACUAUUUUCUACGAAAAGGGCUUAGCUGACGAUGCUGAAGGAUUGGAAAAUGUAGUUGAUCCCUGGAUCGAAAAGUUGUGGGAGGUUUUACCAACUGUCUUGGCUCAAAAGUCAGGCUGGACCAUUGAAGAGAGUAUUGCGGCCGAAAAGCAACUGGAGAAAGAGAUGACCGAAUUGAAGAUCGACCCUGCCUCUGUACCGUACUCUAUGAAAAAUCGCCAAAAGACGGUCCCUGACCUUGUCGAAAAAUACACUCAACUUGAAAAUUCAUUGAUUGAAAGUGCAGUGGAAGCAGUCGAAAAGAUCAAAGCAUUCAAAAAGAGCUUCCCUCUUCAGAUCAGUCUGGCAGGUCUCGAACCAGGCGCCAAGUUAACCGGCUUGCCGCGGGUGUCGGUUCCUGUUGCAAAGCUUACUAAGCUUGAGGGACAGAAACCAACCAACAGUAUGCAAGUGCCAGAAUUUGUUGUUACACCAGUUCCCAUCACAUAUGCUCCUAUCACCAUGGUAUCCUGCUUGUCAACCGAGGACGCCCUUAAACGUACGUUGGAACUUGAACUGGAUGUUGGUGAAGGGGUUCAUUAUGAACCUGGAGAUGCCUUUGGUGUUGUAGCACCUAAUGAUGAACAUUUGGUCUAUGCCGUUCUUGAUCGUCUAUCUGUACCGGAGGAAUCCUACAAUGAUGCAUACAAGGUAGAAGGCGACAACCUCCCAUCUCACUUACAGGGUGCCUCAUACACAACUCUACUCGAACUAUUCCGCUAUGGUGUUGACCUUACAAGCCAGCCUAGAAAGGCAUUAUUCAGAAUGCUUGCAGACUACGCUACCGACCCCAAGGAAAAGCUGUCGUUGAUGUACAUCUGCAGUAAACAGGGUGCGGCUGCGUUCAAUGCUAUCCGCGAUGAGUGUCCUACACUUCUCGACAUUCUUGAAACAUUCCCAUCUUGUCAACCACCGAUUGAACGUCUAUUGGACUUGCUACCAGCACACAUGCCUCGUUAUUAUUCCAUUUCUAGCUCUCCUCUCAAGAGACAAGGAAAGAUCCGAUUUGCUUUCAAUGUCGUCGAAUAUAUCACUCCAGGUAAAGCUGAGCGUAAGGGCGUGGCUACUCCCUGGAUGGACAGAAUAACAGAAAUGGUUCCAAGCCGAUCGACACCCACAAAGGUUGAAAUACCUGUAAAGAAGGACAUCAAGAUUCCCAUGUUUGUACGUCAAAAUGCAAACGCAUUUGUCUUGCCUACUGAAACAGAGCGUCCUUUGAUCUUGAUUGGCCCUGGCACAGGUAUUGCUCCGUUCAUUGGCUUCUUGGAACAUCGUCAGACACAGCGAAACAUCCGAUUGUCUAUGGGCGGUACCGGUCACCAACCGAGCCGUCAGAUCAAAGAAGCCUUUGGUCCAAUUUACGUUUACUAUGGUUUUAGAAACAGAUCAAAGGACUUUUUGUUCGAAAAGGAACUUUGCGAGUUCGAAGCAGAUGGUACGAUCACUCAUCUAGCAUUGGCUGAGAGUAGAGCAUCUGAUGGCUCUCCCAGAGUCUACGUUCAGGAUCUUAUCAGAAGAGACUCGGCCCAGCUUUAUGAUCUCAUUAUCAACAAAGAUGCCGCUAUAUACAUCUGCGGUGAUGCAAAGGGCAUGGCAAAGGGUGUUCAGGAUGCUUUAGCCGAUAUGCUUGUAGAGCAUCAAAAGAUAGAUGUCGUCGAAGCCAACAAGAUUUUGAUAAGUUGGAUAGCAAGCAAGAAGUAUCUUCGUGACUUGUGGGCUUAA